AUGCCUUCCCCCGCCGCAGGAAAGAGUGACACCCCCCGCACUCCUACCAAGCUUGGCAGGAAGCCCCAGCAGUCGGCUCCCAAGCUGAACAAGCCCCAAUCGCAGGCACCAGACACUUCGGACGUUUCCGAGAAAGCCCAGUCAGCUGUCGAAGACACAAAGACCCAGGCACAAGACACGGCCGAGGAUACCAAGGAGCAAGCAAAGGACGCUGCCCAAGACACAAAGGACACAGCACAAGGCACCGCGCAAGAUAGCCAGAAGAAGGCCCAAGACACUGCCCAAGACACCAAGAAGCAAGCAGAAGGUACUGCCCAAGACACCACAGGAAAGGUAUCUCAAGCCGGAGACGAUCUCUCCGAGGCUGAGCCAAAACCCAUCGACGACGAUGAAGACGAUGAAGAUGAUGAAGACGAGGAGGCUGAGGAGACCGAGGACGACGCCACUCAGAAGGCCGGUGAUGACGCCGAAGACACAGUCGAUAAUACCGAAGAUGACGCCACAGACACUGCCAGCAAAGCUGGUGAAGGUGCCUUGAGUGGCGCCCGCGGUCUCGCUGGCCGCGCUUCCAACCUGGCUAGCAAGGCCUCCAAGGACCCCAAGGGUGCCGUCGAGGAUGCUAGCAAGCAAUCUCAAGACAAGUCUGCCCUGGAGGCCGCUGACGACGCUACCGAGACUGCCAAGGACACUGCUCAGAGCGGCCAGGACACCGCCGAGGAUGCUACCGACGACGUACAGGACAAGGCUGGUGAUGUCGCUGAAGGCGCCAAAGACAAAGCCGGUGAUGUCGCUGAUGAUGCCAAAGACACUGUCGACGACGCCGCUGGCGAUGUUGAAGACAAGGCCGACGACGCUGCUGGUGACGUUGAAGACAAGGCCGACGACGCUGCUGGCGACGUUGAAGACAAGGCCGACGACGCUGCUGGCGACGCCAAAGACAAGGCCGACGAGGCGAAGGCUACCGCCGACGACAAGGCUGGUGACGCCAAAGACACUGCCGAAGGCGCCAAGGAUGGUGCCGAGGAUGCCACCGACGAUGUCAAGGAUUCCGUCGAGGAUCAGUCCGAGGGCCUUGACCUGAGUCUUCUCAAGGGUCUUGAAGUGGAUGAGGAGGGUGUUGUCAGCAAGGACGGUAAGCCCGUCGGUCGUCUGGUAGAGGGCGAUGCCGAAGAUCUUGCUGGCUACCCCAUCGGCGACAACGGCGAGAUCCUCGAUGACGAUGGCGAUCUUGUCGGCCGUUGCGAGCUUCUCCCCGAGGACCAGCUUCCUGACGAGCUCAAGAAGGGUGCUAGUGAUGGACCCAAGAUGCCUCCUCUCAGUAUCCUCGACGGCCUGACAGCCGACAGGACCGGCCAGAUCCUGAACGAGGAUGGUGACUUUGUUGGCCACUUGGUCGACGGCGACCCAUCUGAUAUUCAGGGCAAGCAGUUCAACGAGGACGGCGAGAUCCUCGACGAUGAUGGCAACGUCAUUGCUCGCGCCGAGCUCCACCCUGAUGCUGCCGAUCUUGUCGACGACGACGAAGAAGAAGAAGAUGGAGAAGAAGAAGACGACGAUGCCAAGGGUGAUGCCGUCGAGGGUGUCAAGGACGCCGCCCAAGACGCCAAGGAAGACAUCAAGGACACCACCGAGGACGCUGCCGAAGGCGCCAAGGAUGAUGUCGAAGACAAGGCCGCCGACGUUGAGGAUGAGCUUCCCGGUGUUGAGGCGCUCGAGGGUCUCGAGGUCAACUCCGAGGGAGAGGUCCUCAACGACGAUGGCGAAGUCGUCGGCCAAGUUGGCGAUGACUUCGAGGGCGAUGUCAAGGAGCUCAAGGGCCUCACCGUCAACGAGAAGGGUGAGGUUGUUGACUCCGAGGGCAACGUUCUCGGCAACGUCGAGCUUGCAGAGGGUGGUGCCGAGAAGCUCAAGGAGUCUGCCAAGAACGCUCUUGACAUUCGCAUCUUGGAGGGUCUCAAGGUUAACAAGAAGGGCAAGGUCCUUGAUGCGGAAGGCGAGGAAAUUGGCGAGCUCUCCGAGGGCGAGGCCAAGGACUGUGCUGGCAAGACCAUCAACGAGAAGGGCGAGGUCCUGGACAAGGAGGGCAAGCCCAUCGGUAAGGUCCAGGUCGUUGCCGGCGAGGCUGCUUUCGACGCCCAGAAGGAGCUCAAGGAGCGUCUUGGUGAGGUCGAGCCCGAGGUCAAGGAAGUCGAAGUCACCCCCGAGGUCGAUGUCCUUGAAGGCCUCAAGGUCAACAAGAAGGGACAGGUACUCGACGAAGAGGGUGAGCCAAUCGGAGAACUUUCCGAGGGCGACGCCAGCGAAUGCGCUGGCAAGAAGAUCAACGAGAAGGGAGAGGUUCUUGACAAGGAUGGCAAUGUCAUCGGAAAGGUCAAGACCCUUCCUAAGAUGAUCGAGCAGCAGGUCGACCAGGCCGAGGAUGCUGCUGAUGAUGCCCAAGAGAGUGCCGAAGACGCUGAGGAUGCUAAGGCUGAGGCUGAAGAUGCUGCUGACGAUGCCCAAGAGGGUGCCGAAGACGCUGAGGAUGUUAAGGCUGAGGCUGAAGAUGCUCAAGACGCCGCUGAAGAUGCCCAGGAUGCUGCUGAGGAUGCAGCCGAGGAUGCUGAAGACAACCGCCCACCCCUGUCCAUCCUCGAUGGAUUGAGUGUGAACAAGUCUGGCAAGCUCAUUGACUCCAACGGCAACAUCGUUGGAGAGCUCACCGAAGGUGACGCGAAGAAGCUCUCCAAGUCUGGUAUCACCGCCGACGCUGAGGGUCAGUUCUGGGACAACAAGGGCAACGUUAUCGGACGCGCCCAGACCGUCCCCAAGGAGGACGCCGAGGAAGAGGCUCCUUUCGCCGGUCUCGAGGGACUCACUGUCGUCAAGGACGGCUUCGUUGAGGACGUGAACAACAACCGCGUUGGUUACGUCGUUGAAGGUGACGCCAAGAAGCUCAUCGGCCGCUCUGUCGACGAGGAUGGUGACAUCCUCGACAAAAAGGGCUCUGUCGUCGGCCACGCUGAACGCUACGAGGAAGAAGAUGCCCCUGAGCCAGAGGAAGAGGAGCCCGAGGAUCUUUCCCUCCUCAAGGGCAAGACCGUCAACAAGCAGGGCAACGUCAUCGGCGACGAAGGUGUACCCAUCGGCCGCCUUGUCGAGGGCAACGCCAAGGAGCUCAAUGGGCGUCAGAUCGACGAGAACGGUCAGAUAUGGAACGAUGCCGGCAAAGUCAUCGGUCGCUGCGAGCUCAUCCCCGAGAGUGAGCGCGAGUCUAAGCCUGAGGGCAUCUUUGGCGGCCUCGAAGGCCUGCGCGUUGUCGCUGACGGCAAGGUUGCUGAUGAGGAUGAGAACAUCGUCGGCGAGGUUGUUGAAGGCAACGCUAAGCGCCUCGUGGGUCUCCGCGUUGAUGAGGAUGGUGAUAUUCUUGACAAGUUCGGCAACGUCAAGGGUCACGCCGAGCCAAUCGAGGAGGAAGAGCCCGAGGAGGAGGUUCCUGAGGACCUCUCUGUCCUCGAGGGUCUUACCCUGAACAAGCAAGGCAAGCUCGUCAACCAGGAAGGCAUUCCUAUCGGCAGGCUUGUCGAGGGUAACCUCAAAGAGCUUUCAGGCCGCAAGUCUGACGGCGAGGGCCUCAUCCACAGCGAUACCGGAAAGGUCAUUGGCCGUUGCGAGCUCAUCCCUGAGAGUGAGCGCGAGUCUAAGCCUGAAGGGAUCUUCGGUGGACUUGAGGGUCUUCGUGUCAUCGCCGAAGGCAAGGUUGCUGAUGCCGACGACAACGUUGUUGGCCAGGUCGUUGAGGGUGACGCCAAGCGCAUGGUUGGACUGCGCGUCGACGAGGAUGGAGACAUUCUUGACAAGUUCGGUAACGUCAAGGGUCACGCCGAGCCAAUCGAGGACGAAGAGGAGGAAGCUCCUGCCGAUCUGUCCAGUCUCGAUGGCCUCACCCUCAACAAGCAAGGUUACCUCGUCAACAACGAAGGUAUUCCUGUCGGGAAGCUCGUUGAAGGCAACUUGAAGGAGCUUGCUGGUCGCAAGUCUGAUGGCGAGGGUCUCAUCCAUGGAGACACUGGAAAGGUUGUCGGCCGCUGUGAGCUCAUUCCUGAUAACGAGCGUGUCACUCGCCAGGAGGGUCCCUUCGCCGGCUACGAAGGCCUGCGUGUCGUCAAGGACGGAUUCGUCGAGGACAACGACGGCAACCGUGUUGGCCAGAUCACACAGGGCGACGCGAAGAAGCUCGUUGGUCACACUGUCGACGAAGAUGGUGACAUCAUCGACAAGUACGGCAACGUCAAGGGUCAUGCUGAACCUUUCGAGGAGGAGGAGCCCGAUGAGGUCGAUCUGUCUGCUCUCGCUGGAUGCACCGUCAACAAGGCCGGCAACGUCGUUGACUCCAGCGGCACCAUCCUUGGUCGUGUCUCUGAAGGCGACCCAGCUACCCUUGUCGGCAAGAAGGUUGACGGCAAGGGCCAGAUCUGGGACAACGCAGGUAACGUUAUCGGCAAGGCCGAGCUUGUUCACGGAGCCGCGUCUACACCUGAGGGACCAUUCGCUGGCUUCGACAACAACAAGGUUGUGAAGGACGGUACCGUCCAGACCGCCGAUGGCGACAUCAUCGGUCGCGUUAUCGAGGGCGACAUCAAGAAGCUUGCUGGCCACCACGUUGACGAGGAUGGCGACAUCAACGACAAGAACGGCAACGUCAUCGGAAAGGCCGAGCGAUGGGAGCCUGAGGAGAAGGAGCGCCGCAUCAACCCCAUGUCUGGCAUGCGUGUCAACAAGGAGGGCGAUGUCCGUGACGAGAAUGGCGAUGUCAUUGGCCGUCUUACUGCUGGUGACCUUGGUCACUGCGCUGGUCUUGAGAUCGACGACAACGGCUAUGUCAUUGACAACGACGGCAACAAGGUCGGCGAGGUCACUCUCCUUGGCAACAUCCAAGAAGAAGAAGAGAUUCCCGAGGAUGAGACCGACGAAGAGAGACAGCGCCGCGAGGACUCUGAGCUUGCUAACAAGAUGGCUGCCAUCUGCCAGCAGACUCUUGAGCGUGUCCAGCCUGUCAUGAAGCAGAUCACUGAGUACAUCGAGAAGGCCGACCGCACGCCUCGCGACGAGCUCGACGAGGAGGAGCUCGUCAAUAACGUCAAGCCUCUCAUCGAGGAGGGUGGCCGCAUCCUGAACGAGUGCAACGGCUCGCUCCGUGGCCUCGACCCUGAUGGUCGCAUCGCUGCGCAGGCCAAGGGUCGCCAGCAAACUGGCGAGGCUUCGCCUGAAGAGUACAAGCUGGCCGACUGUUUGAAGGAGCUGACGUCUUCUGUUGUCACUACCAUCGACAACGCGAAGAAGAAGAUCUCCGACAUGCCCCACGCCAAGAAGAAGCUCAACCCUCUCUGGGGUCUGCUCACCGAGCCGCUGUUCCAGAUCAUCGCUGCUGUUGGUCUGCUGCUGACUGGUGUCCUCAACCUUGUCGGCAAGCUUCUCAACGGCCUUGGUCUCGGUGGCCUUGUCAACGGCCUUCUGGGUGGUCUUGGAAUCAACAAGCUCCUCAGUGGCCUUGGCCUUGGUGGCCUCUUUGGCGGUGACAAGGACAAGAAGAAGAAGAGCGGUGGCGCCGCAAGUAAGAUCCCUCUCGUUGGUGGUCUCCUCGGCGGAAAGUAA